UAAUACAUGAAAUAACAAGCACAGACAAAUAAAGCAUAGAGUAUUCAAACUUCUUACUGUCAGCCAGGAUCGAAAGCUUGUCAAAGAACUUGAUUUUAAACGUGUAUUAUUUCUUGGGUAUAUUCGUAAGAAACGUAGUUGUGUAUAUUGAGUUAUUUAGGUUCAUAUUCGAAGUACUAGAUGGUUUAUACAGUAGGCCCUCGGUCUACGAAACUACCGGUCUCUGGCAUUGUGAGGUUGGCUAAUAUCGACGAUGCGCCUCAUGUUCUCGAACUGUUGGGGGAUUCCAUAUCCAAAACCUUCAGGGUCUAUUGCACUAACGAUAUUAUAAAUCUUAUUGAGAAUUCUGUGCUAGCUAUAUGCCAGCAAGAUUUUAACACAACGGUUGUUGGCUUCUUAGCUGUUAGAGAUUAUCCGUUACUGCCUGCGAUACAUCCGGGAGCAUGGGAGGAGUACGUGUGGGCCAAAUACAAGGCACCAGAAAUGAACUCCCGUAACACUCUCUUCAUACAUUUACUCUGUUGGAGUCCCAGCUACGGCCGCGACUUGGUCGACACCAUGCUAAAGUCGGUGUUCAUGCACGAUGCGUACCUUACGCACAUCGCUCUCAUCAAAACUGUUAGAAGUUGUCCUGUACUGAUCCCCGGCCAGCCACGCUCUGAGGCCUCAUUUAGACGUGUGACGGUGAUCGAGCGUGGCAUUAGUGGAGAGUUGCUGCCGGCGCUAUGUGUCGCCGACCGUUCAGAAGUCUGCCCUCGACUGAGGAUCAGAAGAGCUGUGUUAGUUGACAUUUCUCUUUAUAUUUCACUCACAAUACAAUUAAAAAGCCAUUUCUCGGGCUUGUUGGUGGCUGCUACUGCUGCAAUUCGCCACCCGGAGUCCGACAGGAUCAUACUCGUCUGUGAGCACAGUGAAUUAGCCGUGGGAAUCAUGUGUCUAAACACACAAAUUAAUUAUGAAUCCUUGGAGGAGAACUUUGUGCUAUCACCGUUCGGAGGGCUCAGGCAAGUGGUGACAGGCCAGAAAUUCGCGGUACCUAAAGUGGUCGAGUCCGUUUGCAGCCUUUUGCCACAUUAUACUGAUUCUGCAAUAAAGACCAAAGACAAAUCAAGGGUGACAUGGGUAUUUGAAGAUGACGAAUUCAAUUCAUUCCGAAGUUCUACAAGAGUUAACAAAACUAUAGAACCUGCAGAUGAGUCAGAACUCUCGAUGACUGAAGAGUUGCCGCCCAAACAGCAACAUAUACUGGACCUAUUUGAUGAUGAAGAUGAAGAGUUUGAGUUUGACAUAGUCAACAUUCACACAGACUUGCUGAGAGUUCCCGAGUUUAUACGAUACGAUGCUGUUAAGGGAGGUCCUGCUGAUAAUAUUAUGAAACUCAUAAAUGGAGGGAAAGAGUCCGGUCAGGAAAAAAAGCCAGAUCGAACAAAGAGGAGCAUAUCCACAAGUGGAGUGACAAAUUUCAAAGUGGAACCUCAGCGGUUUCAAGGAGCACCAAAUGCAUUCUUACUCGAAUUGUACGCUAUGCAUCCUGCCUACGAUGAAAGAUACAGCUUUGAUAUGUUAGAAGCAGCAUUUGAGAUGUUUCCCAAUAGAGAUUAUUGUAUCAUGAGUAUCCCUACGAACCAAACCUCAUUUCCUCUGCUUGAACACUUUACGUUGGUGACGCCUUAUGGUUUUAAAAUGAGGUAUAUUAAUGAAUCCUUGUAUGUGGCACACGUUAACUCAGUUCGAGGUAAAAUAUCCGUGCGUCCCGGUGAGGCGAAUGAUGUAAAAGCCCUAAAGAGUAUAUUAGAGUAUGCUCCGCGUAAGGACAAUCUCAUUGAUCUGUUUAAAUCCACUCUCUCAUCUCAUGUUCUACAAGCAUUUACUUUACUCAGUCAGAAUCAACCAAUGGGCGUCGUUGUUAUUGGGCCGUUAGAAGAUGGGACCGCUAUACGAACUCAGUACGACUUAGAACCAGAGCCACGCAAGCCGGGUACUGAUGGCACGAUUUUAGCGGGUGUCUUGUCACCUGUAUUCGAGCCUCAUGCUCGGUGGUUCAUGAGAGAGUUACUACGAUAUUCUACGUAUAAAACACUAUUUUGGAUUUGUAGAUUAUUUUCCAAAGGAGAUGCGAGCCCUGGUCGUAAUUUAAUGUCACUGGCCGGACAUAUGAACCCAGUGCAUCCACGCCAGUCAGUUCCUAACAUAAGUGGUAGUAGAGAUCUGGACAAAAUUUAUAAAGAUUUGGGUUGUCCAUUCGCGUUAUGGGUUUUGGAGCGUCCAUUGACAAGUUUACCCAAAGUGUAUAUCAACAGCAGCAUCGUGGUCGUGGGUGCCAGCCGUACAGGACUGUCUUUUCUUGAGACUUUACUGAUGGGGCCGACAUCUCAAUACCUGACAUUUAGUAACGUGACUCUGGUAUCAGAGCAUGGGCUGCCAACGGUAUCUGAUUGCUUGAAGGCUGCAGAUAUAUGCGUGCCCAGAGAUGGUCGGUACAACGACCGGUAUCUCAAAAGCGUACCGUUCUACUACUAUCUGGAUGUCAUGUCUGCCGUUAUGGUGAAAAUUGACAGGAAGAGAAAAUGCAUACACUUAAAAGGUUGCGGGACGAAGUAUUACGAUGAACUAGUGUUGGCUUGCGGUCAACAGUUCCAACAUCCAGAUUAUUUGAAAGAAUCUAUUGGACUUGUUAAAGAAGUGGCCAAAGGCAAGCCCUGCGACAGAAUGUUAUUGGACAAUCCCAAAUACAAGCCGGAGACUGUGCCGAUGCCUCCCGAUAUGCCUGAGAACGUGUUUCUGAUCAACUCCUUGUUUGAAGCCAAUAUGUGCUUGAGGAAACUCAUGCGUAUGAUUGGUGAUCCAAAAGAAUAUGGCGAACCUCUCAGCAAAAACAACCAAGUGGUUGUGUACGGCGACUGUAUAGAAGCGUACUCUUGUCUCGCCGCUCUCUUGGAGCUCGGGCUACAACCAGAACUGAUUGCCUUUGUCGAGCCGUUCCCUUCGAAUGAGGAACCUGCUCCCAUGAGGGUCAACUGCUUUAAUGAUGAGACGGUCGAUGCAAGGGUUCAAAGUACUGUGGAAAAUAUGGGUAUUCGUGUGUUACGCAAGUGCCAUCUAGCAGCUUGGCACCAGAUAGGCAGCCGCGUGGAGUCUCUGGACUUCAUGGCACCUUUGAUCGCUAUCUCGUUGAGAUGUUUCGCCCUAUUCUACUACGGGCUACGUGCUAUCAAUUUACAUGCUUUUAAAGCCAUAAAUGAAAGUGGUUUGGUCUACGAUGGUGGUUUGGUGGUGAGUCCCACGUUCGAGACCAAUGACCCGAAUAUAUACGGAGCUGGGACUUGUGUGAGGUAUUCUCGGCGCUUAUACGCAGGCCGGAGCAUGCAUAAGGAUCAUUAUUCAGAGGAUAUUGGAGAAGCGUUGGCGAGACUGUUCUUGCACAAACUGGAUCCGUUCAUGCUGGGAGACCCUGAACUGUCUCAGACACCGUCCGACCUGUUGCCGAGAUACAGCUCUUGUGGCUUAGGGUUUAAGAGCACUUUGUCAGCAACCAACAGCCUAUCCAGAAUGUCGAUGUCUUCACAGUUUAGGAAAUGGCAACCGGUGAUGAAAUUUGAAUCCCCCAUCACCCAGUAUGCGGUGUUCCCUGGUCCAUUAUAUUACUUGAAGUUACGGAAACCUGGCAAAGAGAUUCCUAUGGCUAUCCAGCAAUGCUUAUCUCGACAGGGUCACACUUUCACGACGGAUAAGAACGACAAUUACUUCCGUCUGCACCUGAACAUGCUGCACGUGGUGGACGGCGUCACCUGCCUCUCACACAACCCGUUCUCGCCGGAGAUACUGCAGCAGUUGUACGGCAAACACGAGGCGUUCUUCAAUAAACUCUACAUGAGGUUCCAGAGGCAAGAAAUCGACGAUUUCUACGAAUUCUUCACUCAACCUUGGAUGUCGGCGUUGUACCAAGAAUCGUUCAGAGAUCUCGUCGAUGACAUCAAUGAACAAGAUAUUGGGACGAUACAAGAGCUACUGAAAUCAAAGUUCGCCAUGUAUGACGCGGAGCUGGAUGAACUGCAGUCCACAUUAUUAGAAGCUCACAACUCUAUUUCUUCCAUAUCUUCUAUCGGCAAUUAUAGUAUGGAGGCACGUAAGGUGGGCACGUUCCGUUCAGUGAUUGAUAGGUUCGUCGCUAAGACUGCCUUUGAAGAGGCUAGCAGAACAGGGAUGACUUUACCGUCGGAAUGUGGUCAAAGCAAGCAGGUGCGUCAGGAAGCAGCCAACUCCUGGAACAAGGUCGGCGGGGAACGCAUAGUGAUGGCCCACGUAGCGCGAUACCUUGAGAAGUACUCCGUCACUAACCCACACUUCGCAUUACCAAAGCCAGAAAACCCAUGAAAAAGAAUUAUAUUAUAAAGGUAGGUACUGACCGGUAUUCGCAUUGUACCAUUAGGGGUGAUCACGGGGUAUGAAAAUUUAAAAUCUAUACUAUAUAUAUGUAUAGUCCGUCAGUUAGGUAAUGAAAAAAUAUAAGGCACGUAUUUUUUUAUUUUGUUAUAUAAGAUAACAAUACUUAGAUAAAACGUAUCAAAGUUUCGGAGUGGCAGCAAAUACGUCAAUAUAAAAUGUAUCUAGAAGUGACGUCAUGUGAUAUUUCAAAUCGAUCUUCGAACGUAUUUGUUUUCGUGCGAAAAUAAAAUAUACGUGUUUAAUAUUUUGAAAUAAUCUACAAGACAUUGAAAUAAAAGUUAGUCAUCUACCCUAUUAUUUUACACCAUAUGUACUACGCCAGGGCUACAAUCUAAAGUUGUUGCAUUGCUUAUUACCAUCAAUACCUUGGUUUCACUCACGGACUAACAGUUCAGUAAUUUCAGUACUGGUCAAUUUCAACGCAUCAACUGUCUUUCUAUUACACGCACUCAGCAAGUCAGUACCUACCUUAACAAUUGCGAAGAUUGUAAAAUGGUUUUUUUUUUAAUUAUGAAGAGAGGAGUGUUCUGAUUAUUAUUAUGUUUUAAUUUCCAUAUUUUUAGAUGUUACUUUUAUUGAUCGAUGGUAAUAUUAUUAUGUUAGAAAUAUUUUCCAAGUUGUUAUAGCAAUUUUACCUAUCUAAUUGGAUA